UGCGCAUGCCCAUCUCUAGCGCUCGGAGGACCAAGUGCGUACCAUAGAGGAGGAGCGGGCAGCCGAUCAGUCUCAAACCGUCCUUUCUAGCCGGCCUCCCGGAAACGGCGGUGGCAGCGGCGGGGCCGCGCCAUGGCGGGGACGGCGCUGAAGCGGUUGAUGGCCGAGUACAAGCAGCUGACCCUGAACCCACCCGAGGGGAUUGUAGCAGGUCCUGUGAAUGAAGAGAACUUCUUUGAAUGGGAAGCUCUGAUUAUGGGUCCAGAAGACACCUGUUUCGAGUAUGGGGUGUUCCCUGCUGUUCUGAGCUUCCCACUCGACUACCCAUUAAGUCCUCCGAAGAUGAGGUUCACAUGUGAGAUGUUCCAUCCAAACAUUUACCCAGAUGGGAGAGUUUGCAUCUCUAUUCUUCAUGCUCCUGGGGAUGAUCCCAUGGGAUAUGAAAGCAGUGCUGAGCGGUGGAGUCCCGUGCAGAGUGUGGAAAAGAUCCUCUUGUCAGUUGUUAGCAUGCUGGCAGAGCCAAAUGAUGAAAGUGGAGCCAAUGUAGAUGCCUCCAAGAUGUGGCGGGAAGACAGAGAACAGUUUAACAAAAUUGCCAAGCAGAUUGUGCAGAAGUCACUUGGACUUUAAGCUCACAAAGAGACUGAAGUGUUUUGUAUUCCUCUCCACCUGAAAAUGAGCAGUGCUCAGUGCUGGAACCAAAAAGAAAAACUUUGCAAAGCUAUCGGCCUAAUUCUUCUUAUCAUUUGUUAUUUAUUUACCAUCUCUUUUCUUCUUCCACUGCUCCAGAGAAGCCUCUGGUUCACACACUGCAUUGUAUGCAAGAGGAAUUUAAUACUAGGGGAAAAUAUAGAGACAAUGCUAUUUCAAAGGCUGCUUGUUGCUACCUCACUUUAUGAUAUGGUAAGCUUGGAGACUUCGCAAUCUGCAGCCCACCUUUGCCAACCUGCUGUUUGAGAACAGUGCUGGUUUGAAUCACUUGCUGGAAGAAUUAGUUGUAUGUUUUUAUAGGUAGCAUUGCAUCUGGAGCACCAGUAGACAGGAAAUGAUCAGGCAAUUUUAUGAUACUUGUUAAGGACAGCAUUUGCAGUCAGAACUUACAUGAAGAGUAUAGUUAGGAAGAGAGGCUAUAAAACAAGGUUAUAGUCAGGAUGUAUUUGGAAAGAAAGUGAUUGUGCAGCAUGUAACUGUAAGAGAAGAUUUAGGGAGUUGUCAGUGACUGACUGGGAGUCCCCUGUAACACUGUGAGUUUGUAUUGACCCUUUGAGUCAGUGUCUGCUUGGAAAGAAAUCCCAAGAGCUGCUUUAUUACUCCUUAAAAGCACUCAGUUGUAAACUUUGCAUUCAAUUAGAGGUGCAAGAUAUGAAGUCUGGAUUCUUAAACACUUUUGGUCACCAUGGGCAAGGUAGGUCAUUGGCAGCCUGAAAAUCCAGUGAGAAUGUGUCUGCUCCGCUGGACAUAUAAUAAUAUCUGCAAUGUCAGCUCCUCUUCUGUUGACAUUUGGGUGUUGAGAGGAUAAGGCACUACUGGCCUUUGCCAUUACAGCCCAGGUCACCUGUUCUUAAGUUCAAUGGAGAUGAAGGUGAUGAAUUUUAUAAAAAUUAACUGUAAUACUGCUUUAUGCUGCCUGCAGUGUGCAUUUAAAUAUGAGUCAGAGAAGACACCGAUAGUGUUUGCUAGAGGAUGGGAGAUGCAGGCUUUGAACUGCAGAAUAUUGUAGCCGACCACUGGUGUGGAGCAUGCAGCAAAAAUCCAGCUGCGAGGAUCAGUUUGUAGAGAUGCUUAGAGGCCACUGGUGACUUCUGUGCUUUGCAAGUGAAUUUAUUAUGUAGGUCCAAUUCUUCUUCAAUUUACUACAAGCAGUAGCACACCCCACUGGUGUGUGUGACAUGGAAGGAGUCCACCAUAGAGAGAGCUUUACAGAGGCGAUCGUGUGUUUGCACCUGGGUGCAACUCGUCAGUAUUUAUGCCUUGCAGUCUGUGCUGCAUGUUCACAUGCUGCAGAUCACAGUAUGCCAUCGUUCUGCACCUCUGAAGUUUGUAUUGCCACAACUUGCUGAUUUUACCUCCUUGUAGAAGUAAUUCUUGCUUUGGUGUAAGGGUGGGAGGGGGACUUGACAUAGUUUGGGAGCAGAAGUGAUGAAAUAGUGUUGUACCUAACUAGUAUUUCAAGGUAUACAGGAAAAUGUAGCACUUCUAUGCAACCAUUGUUUGAAUUGUAGUGGAUGGAGUAUUGCUCCUGGGAGUACUGCAGCUGCUUUUGGAAGUGGUGCUGGAGAGCUGUGAGCACCACACAGCAAACGAUGGGUUCCACAGAUAUGGCAGAUGUGGGCUUUCUUAAGUGCAGAGUAUUCUAUUCACAUGUGCUCUCUCAUUAUUUUAUGGUGGGAUUUAGUCUGUAUACUGAAAAUAAAGUGAUUAUAUUUUCUCCUUUCA